GCUAGGCGUGCGCACGAAACAGCUGUGCACGCUGAUUGGCCCUCUGCUGGCCAAUCGCCACUGCGCUUCCUCAGGGCUGUAGUUUUCAAAAUCCCCAACUGAAUUGGCUGGAGGUCAGGUCAGGUUGAGAUGGACUUGGGUUGCUAGGAUAAGGAGCUUCUUUGAUUUCACUGGCCUCUCCUGGUCUAGGGGUGCGUCUGUGGUCUUUCCUGUUUGUUCUCAGUCUCGGUGUGAGCUCUACCUUGGACAAGACGCUGCUGAAUCUGUAAGAGAUGCCACUGCCACUACCACCCCGAAGCUCCAAACCCAAGACUAAGAAAUCUCCAUCCAGCAAAAUUGUGCCCAGUGAUCAUAACCAAUAUGAAAAGAGGGGGGAGAAUUACCAAGCAAAGAUAUCUCCAUCUUCACCACAGGGAGCACUCAAAAAGAGAUCAGCUUUUGAAGAUCUGACCAAUGCUUUGCAAAGUCAACAUGCUCAACUUAAGAAGGAAGCCAACAGGGAGUUUAUAAAAAAUGUUUUCAAGAAGAUAAACAGGAACACAUAUGUUAUUGAGUUGGAUGAAAACACUGAGGUAACUCUAAAAGGAUAUAAACUGGAACCUCCACCAGUAAUAGCCUCUACCACCUUGGCACCAAACAUUGUGGAGAAACCAUGUACUCUGGAGAUAUCCACCAUCUCUAAAACACCCACUACCGAGGGAGCAUCUCUCUUCAAAAAACCAUUAAUUUUAAAAGAGGAACCCUCUACUGAAGAGACAACCUCGAUCAAGAAGUCAUUAAUUUUAAAGAAGUGCAUAUAUCAUAGAAAGAUAUCUCAAUUGGAGAAGCCACUAACUUUGCUGGAGGAGACUGAUACAGAUAUUCAGUGUGCUAUAGAACCAAUGACUUUUAGGGUAAAACAUAAAAGUGAGGACAUUACCAAGAGGACAUUAUCCUUAAAGAAGAAGUUAAGCACACAUCAGGGGAAUCAGUCCUGCCGGAAGGAGGAGUUAGCCUUGCAGGACAUUGAUGUUGAAGAGGAUUACUUCUUUCUGGAGCCAAUGAAUUUUAGCAAGAAGCCUAAAACUGAGGCAUCAAACCUCACCAGGAAGUCAUUAUUAUUAAAGAAGAAAUAUACUGCUCAGGGGGUGGUGUCCUGCAUGAGGAAGCCACUAGUAUUGCAGAAGACCAUCUCUGAAGAGAAGUCACUCACCACAAAGCCAUUGUCCUUUAAAAAGAAGACUACCACUGAGGAGGAGUCUUUUUUCCAGGAGCCAUCUGUGUUGCAAGAGAAGCGCACCACUCAGGGAGAUAUGGACAUCUUGAAGAAGCCAUGGGCAUUUCAGGGGAAUAUCAACAGUGAAGAUAACAUUGUUAGGGAGCUAGUUUCCUUUAAGAAGUAUACCACCAAGGAAUCAGCUCCCAUGAAGAAGCCAUUACCUUUAAGAGAGGAGAGAUGUACCACUCAGGGGAAGAUGUCCCACUUGAAGAAUCCACUAGUAUUGAAGAAGACCAUUUCUGGGGAGAAGUCACUCAUGAAGGAGCCAUCAUCCUUUAAGAAGAAGCCUACCACUGGGAAGGAAUCCUUUUUUCAGGAGCCAUCUGCACUGUCAGAGAAGCACACCAAUCAGGAGGAGGUGUUCACCUCAAAGAAGCCCUUGGUCUUGCAAAAGUCUCCCACUGAGGAGGAGUCACUUUUUAAGGAGGUUUUGGCUUUUAAGAAGAAGCGUACCAUUGAGGAGGCAACCCUCACUAAUAAGGCUUUACCUUUAAAGAAGAAGCAUACUACUCAGGGGAUGAUGUCCUGUUUGAAGCAGCCAAUAGUGUUGCAGAAAACUACCUCUAGAGAAAAGUCACUUAUUAAGGAGCCAUUGUUCUUUGAAGAAGAAAAAGUGUCUCUAAAGAAUGAAAAGCAUACCACUCAGGUGAUUAUGUCUGUCUGGCAAGAGCUGUUCAACUUGCCAGAUAUGAAUGGAGAAGAUACGAAUUCCUUCUUUAUGGAGCCAAUGUCAGUUAGAAAGAAUCCUACAAUUGAGGAGGCAAUCCUCACCAAUACAUCAUUGUUUUUAGAGAAGAAGAAAAUUACUCAGGAGGAGGUGUCCAUCUUAAAGAAGCCACUGGUCUUGCAGAAGACCACCUCUGAAGAGGAGUCACUCUAUAAGCUGCUUCCUUUUAAGAAGAAAUCUACAACUGAAGAAGAGUUCCUUUUCCAGGAGCCAUCUACAUUGCAAGAGAAGCACACCACUGAGCAGGAGGCAUCCCUCUCAAAAGAGUCAUUGGCCUUGCAGGAGUCUACCACUGAAGGAGAAUCAUAUGUUAAGGAACUAUUGACCUUGAAAGAGAAGCCUACCACUGAGGAGGAAUUCCUCCUUCAGGAGCUAUUUUCAUUUCAUGUUAAGCCUACCAACAAAGAUGAAUCUUUCUUCCAGAAUACUUUGGUCUUGCAAGAGAAGACUGAUACCAAAGAAGACUCCUUAAAGAAGCUGUUGGCCUUGCAGGAGAAAAGCACUAUUGAAGAGGAGUCUAUUUUCAAGAAUCUCUUGGUUAUGAAGAAGGAGCCCUCCUCUGAGGCAGCAAUAAGCACAGAGAAGCAAUUAUCUUUAAAGAAGGGGCCCACUGUCCAGGAGGAGGUAUUCCUCUUGAAGAAGCAGCUGGCCUUGUAUGAGAACAUCACCAGUGAUGAGGAGUCCCUUAUUAAGCAGCCACUGGCCUUGCAGAAGUAUCCCAUCAUUAAGAAGGAGGGUAUCUUCAAGGAGCCCUUCACUAUGCAGGAGAAGCCCAGCAUUGAGGAGGUUGUUAUCCUCAAGGAGCCUACCACUGACCCACAGGCUCACUUCAAGGAGCCCUUGGCCUUGCAGGAGAAGGCCACCAUUAAGAAAGAGAUCCUCUUUAAGGAAAAUUUUGUCUUGCAGAAGAAGUCUACAUUAGAGGAGGAGACUCUCCUCAAGGAGCCAUUGGCCUUGCAGGAGAAGCCCACAAUUGAGGAAGAAACCACCCUGAAGGAACUCAUGGCUAUGUGGGAGAAGCUUAGCAUUGAGAAGGAAACCUUCUUCAAGGACGCCCUGGCCUUGCAGGAGAAGCCCACAAUUGAGGAGGAAGACACCCUGAAGGAACUCAUGGCUGUGCAGGAGAAGCCCAGCAUUGAGAAGGAGACCUUCAAGGAGGCCAUGGUCUUGCAGGAGAAGCCCAGCAUUGAUAAAGAGGCCAUCCUCAGAGAACUGUUAGCUUUGGAGGAGAAGUUCAACAUUUUGAAGGAAGCCCUCUUCAAGAAGCCGUUAGUCUUGCAGGAGAAGCCUGCCAUCACUGAAGCAUUCCGCUUGACGGAGAUAUCAGCUUUGAAUGAGAAACCUUCAGCUGACUUGUCCUCCAAAGAGUCAUUGGCUUUGGAUGAGAAUCCCAUUCUCAAGGAAGAUACCUUUCUGAAAACAUUUAUCUCCCAAGUUGAGACCCACCCACAUGUGUCUAUCACUGCCCCAAAAUCCAAAACAGGCAAGUCCAGUACCACCAGCAAGUCCAGUGCAUGUGAAUCUGGUUCCAAUAAACUUUUCGCACCACAAGGCAAGAGAACACCAAAAGAGCCGAUGACCCCCCUACUGGAAGAUGUUGACAAGGACAACAGUGAUCCAUUAUUCAACGCAAUAUAUGUCAAGGAUAUCUUCAGUUACAUGAAGGAGAGAGAGGAAAUGUUCAUACUUACAAAAUACAUGAAAAGGCAGACUGAAAUCAACAGUGACAUGAGGGCCAUUCUUGUGGACUGGUUGGUGGAGAUACAGACGUCAUUUGAGAUGAAUCACGAGACCCUGUACUUGGCAGUAAAGCUGGUGGAUCACUACCUAAUGGAGGUAGUAUGCAAGAAGGAGAAGUUACAACUCCUCGGUUGUACUGCUUUUCUGAUUGCAGCAAAAUUUGAGGAGAUCCACCCACCUAGUGUGGAUGAUUUCCUGUACAUCUGUGCUGAUGUUUAUUGUCGAGAUGAGAUGCACACCAUGGAACUCAGCAUCCUGGAAGCCCUCAAAUUUGACAUCAACAUUCCUGUCGCAUAUCAUUUUCUGCGCAGAUAUGCAGCGUGUAUCCGUACCAGCAUCAAGACAGUGACCUUGACCCGCUUCAUCUGUGAGAUGACCCUGCAGGAAUAUGACUAUAUCCAGGAGCGGGCUUCCAAGCUAGCUGCUGGCUCCUUCCUCCUGGCCCUCUACAUGCAGAAGCUCCCAUGUUGGAUUCCUACCCUGGAGUAUUAUAGUGGCUACAAGGCCUCAGAGCUUCACCCAUUGGUCAGGCAGCUGAACAUCCUGCUGACUGUGAGUUCUCGUGCUAGGCUGAACACUGUGUAUUCCAAGUAUUCUCACCAGGUCUUCUUUGAAGUUGCCAAAGUACCCCCCGUGGACAUAAUGAAGCUGGAGGAGAUGUUGAACUGCUAAUUAAGAAGCUUGAGGGCCUGGCAUUCGGGCAGCAGUCACAGGGCCAGCCAGGCAUGUUAAUAGGCUAUAUUUAUUUUGUGCUUGAAUUUGUCUUUUGGUCACUUUUCUUCAUUUUCCUACUUUGUUUGUCUUUUCCCAAACUGAUAAUGUAAAUAUGUAAGUAGUUUUU